AUGGCGACUAAUAGUCAAGGUCAUCUUGCAGGCAAGAUGGCGGCCAAAGACAGAGCACUGGGCAUGAGCCAGGGCAGCAGUCACGUAGUGCAAUACAGUGCGGAGUGCACGAUUGUUACAGCUAUACAGAAUUGGGAAGAUGGUGGUGAGCCCACGCGGGCUGCCGGCCGAGUUGGGGCGCACGAGGGGGGCGGCCCGGCUUCCUCACGCUCGUGGCUCUCCCCGCAGGACAAGGAGAAGAAGGAGAGCAUCUUGGACUUGUCCAAGUACAUCGAUAAGACCAUCCACGUCAAGUUCCAGGGGGGCCGCGAGGCCAGUGGGGUCCUGAAGGGCUUCAACCCUCUGCUGAACCUGGUGCUGGACGUCACCAUUGAGCACAUGCGAGAUCCGGACAACCAGUACAGGCUGACGGAGGACACGCGGCAGCUGGGCCUGGUGGUGUGCUGGGGCACCUCGGUGAUGCUCAUCUGUCCGCAGGACGGCAUGGAGGCCAUCCCCAACCCCUUCGUCCGGCAGCAGGACACCUAGUCCACCCCACUGCCCGCCCCAGCCUCCCAGUAAACCCACAGCCCCGCC